AUGGCUGCUAUAGAUGCGUCGUCUAAAGAGCCGUUCAGGGAAAAUCUUGAUAAUAUCCUCAUCUGUCCCGACUGCAAAGAAUACCCGCCCAAUCUGGUCGAAGAAUUCUCCAGUGGCGAUAUGGUUUGUGAUUCCUGUGGCCUAGUUGUUGGGCCACGAAUCAUCGACAGCAGAUCGGAAUGGCGUACCUUUGCCAACGAUGACCAGGGCAACGAUGAUCCUUCUCGGGUUGGUGAGAGUGCGAAUGCUCUAGCCAACGACGAGGGGCUGCGCACUCAGGUUGACAUGCGUGCGGCCAAUGGAAGAUUAGCAGGCAAACUCAACAGCAUCAACAAAAAAUCGCAGUCCGAGAAGCUCAACAGCGACCUCCAGGAGGGAUAUCGUGCUAUUAGCACCCUCGUCGACAUGAUGCAGACCGCCCCAAUUGUGAAUACCACUGCGUCACAUAUCUACAAGCUGGCAUAUGAAAAUGGUCAACUCAAAGGAAAGCCCCGUGAGGCUGUCAUUGCCGGAUGCAUAUUCAUCGCAUGUAGGCAGUGUGGCGUUCCUCGCACGUUUCGAGAGAUCUAUGCAAUCACUCGCGUGACAAAGAAGGAAAUUGGCCGUGUGUUUAAGUCGCUCGAGAGCUUUUUGUCCAAAAUACAGGAACGCAACCCUCAGGCCAGUGCCGCCCAAGGUGUCAAAGAUUACAAGGCGUCAAGCUCUACCAGCGCCGAGGAGCUUUGCACACGCUAUUGCAGCCUAUUAGGUUUUCGGAAUACUCCUCGUGUGGAGAAAAUUUCAAAGGCUUUGGCUCGCAAAACCACCUCCAUUCCCGAUCUAGCGGGCCGCUCACCUCUGUCCGUGGCUGCCGCAUGCAUAUACUUCGCGUCACAAUACUUGGAGGACCCGCGCGCGUCAAAAGAUAUUGCAUCUAUUGCCGGUGUCAGCGACGGCACCAUUAAAACGGCUUAUCGGUUUCUGUACAAUGCGAGAGACAGUCUUGUCGAGCCAGAUUGGAAUGGCAACCUAGCCAACCUACCUACAAGCUAA